CCUGGGUGACACACAACAACACAUCACUUGUCUGUCUGGGCUGCUCAGAAAUCGUCUCUGCUUUUAUCCACUAACAUGCCGGCCACUUCAGAUAUACACACCGAAGAGGUGCACAGAAAGGACGGAAGUAAAAAGGAGGAAGACACCCACAUGAUGGCGGCGGCGGAGAAGAAGAACUUCGGCGUUUUCUGUGAUGAGCGCGGGUAUCUGGAUCAGAUCGAGUACAUCAUGCAGCACGGCCGCAGGAAGGGAGACCGAACUGGGACAGGAGUCAUCUCUGUGUUCGGUGCUCAGGCCAGAUACAGUCUGCGAGAUCAGUUUCCCUUGCUGACUACCAAGAGAGUGUUUUGGAGGGGGAUCCUUGAAGAACUGCUGUGGUUUAUCAAGGGAUCAACAAAUGCCAAGGAGCUCUCAGCUAAAGGAGUGAAGAUCUGGGAUGCAAACGGGUCCCGGGCCUUCCUGGACAACCUUGGGUUCACAGAUAGAGAGGAAGGGGACCUGGGACCUGUGUAUGGUUUCCAGUGGAGGCACUUCGGUGCCGAGUACACAAACAUGAAUGCAGAUUACACAGGACAAGGUGUUGACCAGCUGCAGAAGGUCAUCGACACCAUCAGAAAGAAUCCAGAGGACAGACGGAUCAUCAUGUGCGCUUGGAACCCCAAAGACCUGCCCUUCAUGGCUCUGCCCCCCUGCCACGCCCUGUGUCAGUUCUACGUGUGUGAUGGUGAGCUGUCGUGUCAGCUGUACCAGCGCUCAGGUGAUAUGGGCCUCGGGGUGCCUUUCAAUAUCGCCAGCUAUGCACUUCUUACCUACAUGAUCGCGCACAUCACAGGACUCAAGCCCGGCGACUUCGUUCACACCCUGGGAGAUGCUCACAUCUACGUCAACCACAUCGAACCUCUCCAAGUACAGCUUCAGAGGGAGAUCCGCCCCUUCCCCAAGCUGAAGAUCCUCAGAAAAGUGGAGAGCAUCGAUGAUUUCCAUGCGGAGGACUUUGAAAUCUGCGACUACAACCCUCAUCCCGCCAUCAAGAUGCAGAUGGCUGUGUGAAAAGUCCCACCUCUAAUGGCGGUGAGGGAUAAAUAUGGUGGGUGUAGAAAAUGCUAGAGAGUCUAAUAUCACAUUGCUCUGCGUGUCUGUUACUCCAUGUAUAUGUAUAUAUAUAAUAUAUAUAUAUAGAGAGAGAGAGAGAGAUUUUAAUGGUUCAGUUCAUCCAAAUCACAAAAACGCUUUAAACCUCAUUAAGUUCUGACAGAAACGUACUGUUGGUGUGAAGUUUGAUUACUACAAAAGAGAUGUUUUGGUUGCUUGAAGCAAAUGCCAUUUAGAUGUGUUUCAUUUUCCAUAUUUUAAAUAUUCCUAAUAUCUAAUUUGUAAAUAAAGACUUAACGUUUG